UUCGCAUCACUGUUAGUCUGCGUUCGGUGGCGUCAGUAUUCCGCGAGCUUCCAUCGUGUGUACUUUGGAAGUAGGGUUGUUAGCAAGUAAGCAAACAAGUAAAGCGAACAGGAUCUAAAAGAUUUAGAGGUCGAAGAAUAUACCACAAAGAAAAGAGUGAGAUUAUUCGAUAUUAUCAAGAUUCGCAAAGAAGAAACAGAAAAAAUGGCGGACGAUGGGCACGAGAAUGGCACCAGCAACGGGGACGUGCCUGAGAUCGAGCUGAUCAUCAAGGCAUCAACGAUCGAUGGCCGUAGGAAAGGUGCAUGUCUCUUCUGUCAAGAAUACUUUAUGGAUUUGUACCUUCUCGCCGAGUUGAAGACAAUCUCUUUGAAAGUGACGACCGUCGAUAUGCAGAAACCACCACCGGACUUUCGUACCAAUUUCCAAGCGACUCCACCUCCGAUCUUGAUCGAUAAUGGUGACGCCAUCUUGGAGAACGAGAAAAUUGAACGACACAUCAUGAAGAAUAUACCCGGUGGACAUAAUCUUUUCGUUCAAGAUAAAGAAGUUGCCACUCUAGUAGAGAAUUUGUUUAGCAAAUUGAAAUUGCUACUGCUCAAUGCAAAAGACAAGGAUAAAGAUCCGAAGUCAUCCUCUUUGAUGGCACACUUACGAAAGAUCGACGAACACUUGGGUCGCAAGGGUACGCGCUUUCUCACGGGCGACACGAUGUGCUGUUUCGAUUGUGAACUCAUGCCACGACUUCAACACAUCAGGGUCGCUGGGAAGUACUUUGCCAAUUUUGAAAUCCCUGAAAGCCUGGUGCAUCUUUGGAGAUACAUGCACCAUAUGUACAGGCUCGAUGCUUUCUUACAAAGCUGUCCGGCCGAUCAAGACAUCAUUAAUCAUUAUAAACUUCAACAGAGUAUGAAGAUGAAGAAGCAUGAGGAAUUGGAAACACCAACGUUCACUACCAGCAUCCCUAUCGAGGUCAAUGACGACUAGGCUGGACCUUUGUCGUCGAGUCUAGGAUCUCUUUUUUCUUUUCCUUGGAUUCGACACAAUAUAGUCGACAUCAACAACAACAACAAAAUCAACAACACAGUCCUAAUACGAUCGACCUAUCGCAACAACGAAUAUCAAUGUAAACGAAGAUUCGAUGGAAUCAUGUUUCGAUCCUAAAGAGAAAUCAUUCGUUACUCUCAUUUGGGGGGGAACAUUCUAUCGAAACUUCCCAUCGUCUAAACUAAAUCAUUCGUGUUGACGGAACUAAAUCGGUCGACGUAAGAAACAUUUUGAAAAACCUUUGCUACGUUUAUAUGGCUGAGCCAAAUUCAGAGUAAUUUAGCUUUUUUAAUAUCGCGAUACAUUAAAAAAAAAGAAAUGGAAGACAAAAAAUAGAAAAAAAAAAAAAACAAAAACUAAGAAAG